AUGCAGUACAACAAGAUACAUACGAGUUACAGCACUAGCAGUCACAGCAGCGGCCCGGCUGGUCACAGCUCUGGCAGUCACAGCAGUCCCGGCAGUUACAGCAGUGGCCCGGCUGGUCACAACGGCCCCGGCAGUCACAGCGGUCCCGGCAGUCACAGCAGUGGCCCGGCUGGUCACAACGGUCCCAACAGUCACAGCGGUCCCGGCAGUCACAGCAGUCCUAGCAGUCACAACAGCGACCCGGCUAGUCACAGCGGUCCCGACAGUCACAGCGGCGGCCCGGCCGCACAACUGCCCCCGGCAGUCACAGCAGUCCCGGCAGUCACAGCAGCGGCUCGGCUAGUCACAACGGCCGCGGCAGUCACAGCGGUCCCGGCAGUCACAGCAGCGGCCCUGCCAGUCACAACGGUCCCGGCAGAUAAAACAGCGGCCCGGCUAGUCACAACGGCCCCGGCAGUUACAGCAGCGGCCCGGCUAGGGGAUCUUAAUCUUACAGUAUCAUAUAUUAAAGAUGUUUUUCUUUGCGGAUGGAUCAUUUGCCAAUAA